AUGACAAUCAGCAUGCAGGACCUUGUCUUGAACUGGAGUGUCUCGCAUCUCGUAGCUUGUGUGGCUGGGGUGAUUGUGAUACGUGUGCUAUUCAGAAAGUACGCAACAGCAAUCAGGGACGUCCCCGGCCCAUUUUGGGCAUCUUUUUCCAGUCUCUGGCGCGUAUAUCGCACGUGCAAGGGUCACAUUGAAAAUGAUAUCCUCGAUUUACAUCGAAGACAUGAAGGCUUCUUUGUUCGAAUUGCAGACAACGAAGUGAGCGUGUCUCACCCGGACGCAGUCAAACAGCUUCUCCAUACGAACUUGGAAAAGGGCACCUUCUACUCGAUUUUUAGUCUGCCGGAUUAUCGCUACGUCAAUCAGAUGUCAGAGCUAGAUCCCACACGACACAUCCACAAAAAGCGUAGCCUGGCAGCAGGAUUCUCGAUCACGAAUAUUGCAAAGGCUGAGCCGUAUAUUGACAAUGUCCUGAGUCUUCUCAGGACACGAUUCGACGAGCUCUGCAAAUCUGGAGCCCCGGUGGAGUUCCAGAACUGGUUCAGCUACUAUGCCUUUGACGUUCUCGGAGAAGUCACAUUUUCCAAAUCCUUUGGAUUUGUCGAGUCUGGAAGCGACAUUCGUAAUGCAAUUGCCAACACAGGGGCGUUGGUCUAUUACAUCGCUCUCAUGGGCAAUUACAUUUGGUUCCAUAAUUUGACCCUGGGUAACCCAUUAUUCAGCUGGCUGGGUCUCCAGCCAAACUCUCACAUCUUCGACACCUGCUUGAUUGCGGUAGAUGAUCGAAAGAACAAUCCCAAAGUUCGCCAUGACAUGAUGCAGCGCUGGCUCGAUACCCGUGCAGCAUAUCCUAAUCGCCUGUCGGAACGAGACGUGUUUGCAGCCGCCGUUGCGAAUAUCGGAGCCGGCGCCGAGACUGUCAGCACAGCUGCACAAACAGUGCUGUACAACUUACUGCGCAACCCGCAUCUUUUGAAACGCGCUCGACAAGAGAUCGACGAAGCUCAGUCUCGGGGCGAGCUCUCGUCCCUGAUACAGUACAACGAGGCAUCACAAUUGCCCUUCUUGCAGGCCUGCUUAAAAGAGGCCUACCGAACACACCCCGGUGUCGCCUAUAAUCUUCCCCGCAUCUCACCAAAGGGUGGUAUUACCAUCGCCGGAAGAUAUUUCCCUGCAGGGGUGAUCCUGAGUGUCAAUCCGUGGGUGAUCCACCGCAAUGCCGAGAUUUUCGGAGCCGACGCCGAGACCUACAAUCCCGAUCGCUGGCUUCGAGAGGAUACGAAAACCAUGGACGCAUAUUUGAUUCACUGGGGAGCAGGAUACAAUUCAUGUCCCGGUCGGAAUCUCGCCCAAUUCGAGCUUCUCAAGGUUCUCGCAACGGUAUUGCGAGACUACGAGGUUGAAUUGUUGGAGUCGCAUAAAGAUUGGGAAUACAAGACACGUUUCCUCGCUGUUCCUUAUGGGUGGCCAUGCAGGAUCCGCCGCCGUCAGACGAAGACGGCAUGA